GUUAUAUUAAGAAGGGUCUUUGCCUGCCCACCCCAGACUCGGUACUCAGUUGGAUGUUCCUUGUUCUUUGUGUAUGCCAGCAGCGAGUUAACGUGGUUCAAGAAGACCUUCAGCGUUUGAGAGACAGCGUCACCCACAUCACGGUGUUGGACCUCCAGACUCUGCAGACAGCGAUCGCUAAUACAGAGCAGGCAGUCAAGGAGCACGUGGACGAAUAUCUAAACUCCAUAAACAAUCACAUUGCGACUCUGCCCCUCAUCGCAGACACCGAGGAGCCGAGUGAACAACUAGCCACAUGGAAGCCACAGUUGGACCUAUUGCCCCUUCGGAGGCUGCCUGCUGCUCGGACAUCAGUGGGUCCAACAUACCCCCCUUCUGGACAACAGCACAAGCUAGCAGCUAAUCUGAAAAUAAUGUGCAACCCUGCCAACCCUUCUGCCCGUGAUGUCCUCAGUCAGAAGUAUGGUGUGCAGCUGCCUGUGCUAAGUAAGCGAAGGCCAGCCCUGGCACAGCCUCUGAGAACCUCACCUGGAUCCCCUGGGAGCUGCCCUCCAGUAGUGUUUGACAGAGACCGUUACCGAGGUGUACCAGGCUCUCUAGAACGAGAGCUCAACCCUCCUACAGUUCAGAUAAGCGUCGAUCAGCUGCCUGUCAGCUCCAGGCCAGCUCUUCUGUAUGACAGAGACAAGAAGCUUCUGGCCACCCCCAAAACUGAUGUUGUAAUACGGGCAGACCCCAUCAGUGGUGGAGAACCAGGAUCUGUGGUGGCACACAAAGGGAUUCCUGCCCCACCACCAUCACUUGCUUCCAUAAAAUCGGCUCAGAGGCAGCGCCUAAGGCAGUCGGAGCAAAACCGUCCUGUGACAACGUGUGAACCAAAGUCCCCCUAUGUGACACCAGUGCAAAUGAGCAUUGCACGCUCCUCAGAUUUUUGCUUUAUGAUUUGCAACGGCAUUCUGGAUGACACAGCCUCAGACUUCCUGGCCUUCAAGCAACGCUUCUUCCUGUCCUGGGGAAGCAUCUUGUCCUUUUUAGAGCACCUUUUAAAGCUCCUAAAGGAUUAUGCUGUUCCCAUGGCAGUAGUUAACAGCCAAAAAGCUGCAGAACUGGCAGUUGCCUUGGAAUUGGAGGGUCUGCCAACACUGGAGAGCCUGCUGUCUGUUUUGGAGAAUGAGGAGUCUGUCCGGGAUCUUGUACAACGGCCUGGUCAGCGCUACAAAGGUCAAAAUGGCACCGAGAUGGCAGCCAUAAAGAUUCAGUCUUGCUGGAGAAGGUUCAGAACUCGGGGCGACUAUGUCAAGUAUCGUCGGCAGAGGUGGGCAGCAGGUGUGAUUGCCAUCUCGUGGCUCCUCCAUGCUCAGAUGACGCGGAUGAAGAAGGCCCUGAAGGAAUCACGGAAGAGACACUUGGAGAUGUUCCACACCAGGGCCAAGCAUCUGGCGGCCAACUGGAAUCACAUCAGGACUUCCAGGAGGACUAUCAUCCACAUCCCAUCAUUAGGGUUCUCUUUGCCGCAGCGGCUCUGCGUGACAGACCUUGACAUCGAACAGAAUCUCCAGAUGGGACGCCUGUGUGAUAUCCAAGAUCCCGAUGUUGAUGUAAUCUACGUGAGCCCAGUGCAACUGGGGGACGACUUGCUGCAGUAUUACCACAGACUCCUGAGACUCACGUCAGAUGUCUCGGAUGAGAGGGUUAAGAUCAUCACUCCAGAAGCCAUUGAUCACUUCCGGACUCACAGCAUGUGUCUGUCCACAUUGCUCAAGUACAGCCCUCGGACCCUGAAGCGCAUCAGGAACCUCAUCAGGGGCAGGAGUGCAUACAUAGUGGGUGGUGUCCUGCACAGUGAUGACCUGGACGUUGCAGAUGCCUUGGGUGUGCCCAUCUUGGGUUCAGCUCCCCAAGUUGCCCAGCUAUAUGGCAGCAAGUCUGGCAGUAAGAGGCUCUUCAGUGGUGCUGGGGUCCCAGUGCCCCCUGGGGCAUAUUGCAUUUAUAAUCAGCAGCAGAUGUAUGAAGUGCUGGCACAAUUAGUUACUAGUAACCUGGAGGUCAAAUGCUGGCUCUUUAAAAUGGACAAUGAAUGUGGAGGAUGGGGCACCGCAUACUGCGAUGUGACCCUCAUGAAGAGCUACAAGUGGGCGCUAAAAGAAUUCAGAAGAUAUGGAUUUGAGAAGUGGAGCAACUUGUGGGCUCAGGAGCCAGCAUUACUACAUAUCUUAGAGGAGCUGCCUGGAUUUCUAGAGCAGCAUGUCCAGCUGGUCACUAAAGUAAGAUUCUCAUCUUGGGAUGUGUUCCUGGAAGCCUUUCUGAGCCAAGGGGGUGUAGUCGAAGCCGUGCCACCAUCUGACAGCAUCACCAAUCUAACUGUGGACAUGCUAGUGGAGCCCAACGGUGAGGUGUCCAUGAUGUCUUGUGGAGACCAGAUCCAUGCUGGCAGCCCAUUUCAGUUCAGCGGUUCUACUGUUCCCCAGUCCUCCAUGGAGCCGACUGACCUCCACACACUCUGCAUGAGAAUCGGUGAGACCUGCAAAGCUAGAGGUGUGCUUGGCUAUUUCUCCAUUGAUUUUGUGACCUUCCUACACCCUAGGACCAUGCAGCAGCAGGUUUGGGCUACAGACCUGGAUCUGCGGUACAGUGACCAGCUGUCCAUGACCCAACUGAUGCUAAUGAUGUCUGGUGGAACCUUGGACUGUAGGAGCAGCAGCCUGGAGGUACCACUGCCAAUGAGUGAAGUCGAAGGGCAAGACACUCAGGAGGGUCUUGGAAGCUCCUGCCGCUAUGCUGUGAUGUGCCCCCACCUCAGGCACACUAACCUGUCCAUGGUGCAGUACAAAGUAUUCCUUCAUAUGUGCCAGGCACUUGGAGUUGGAUUUGACAUCAAGGAAUGCCAGGGGACACUACUGAUUCUGCAUGACAACCACAGGAGACAGACUCUGGGGAUGCUAACAAUCGCCGACCAUCUCCAGGGGGCCCUCAUGACCUUUGCUCGCAAUCUCUCUGCCAUCCAUCAGGAAAUCUCGGCACCCAGCAUGCAGGGCGAAAGCAACUUCCAGGGCCUGAUCAAGGACAUUGAAGGGAUCUUGGGAAUUGCAGUGAAAAACCAGGCUUCUGCUGAGAUGCCCACAGAGAAUCUGGGAACAGAGACAACUUCUGCACAUUCAUAAUUCAGCUAAAGUGGAAAUAGAUGUUCAUAGGAAAGAACAUAUGUGUGUCAUCUGUUUGCUAGAGAUGGUAUCUUAUCUUGGCACAGACUGGGCAUUCUGCCCAUAAACAGCCAAAAAUAUGUUUUGGGAAUCUGAAAUAGGAGGUCAUUUAAUAAUGCCAUCAUGAUGAAGACAUGGUGAGAGGGUCAGCCUAUGAGGUUAACGACUGUAAGUGGCCCGUAUUAAGGGAAAUGCAUACCAACACAGUCUAUUUUAUGAAAUUAUCACCUCUGUUUAUGUACAGUAUCCAUAAUAAUUAUAGCAUUAGAAGAAGCUGAAGGAGUUAGACUCAAAGUAAAAUGUUUCGAAAUGUUUCUGAGCCGGUCACUUAUCUUGCCAGGAAUCUGUUAACAAUUCUGCUAUACCUGU